GGUUGCGGUAGAACAACACGUGCCCCUUCGAUAUUGGUAACCUUAAGUUUUGCAAGGCGGGUAGAUAUCAUCGCGAGGCAAAUAAUUGUAAUAUCAUUGCGUGGCGUUUGGAGAAAGUUUCGAAAAUUGGAAAGGUGAUCGAGACAGACGUCCGAGGUUGUAUCGCCGGGGUGAGUGGCGGGGUUCGUUCUUCAACGCGUGUAUUAAUUGCAAGGAUGAUUGGGGGGAAAGCGACUCGCGGCAGUGGUUGAAGUCGAGCGGUAGAGCGGCCAUUUUAUGUUAGUAUGACGUAGUCGAGGCUGGGUGUAGCUUAACGUCGAGACUGCCGUCCGUGUUGUCCCUGGUACUGAAACGCGAGGAAGGGAAAGAUCCGAGUACUCUGAUGCUGGGGUCGAGGUAGAUGUCCGCGUCGCGCACUGGAGGUGUGAUUUGUAAAUAUUAACCGCAGGGUGCAGCUAGCGUGGAAGCGAAGCGGGCGAGCAACGGCGAAACGUGCAUAAAACUCGGUGAUUGUGGAGCGCGAGGAGCGUCAUCGCAAGCAUGAGCGAGGAAAGCAACCCGCGUACACUGUACGUUGGAAACCUGGACGCUUCGGUGUCCGAGGACCUUUUGUGCGCUCUCUUUUCGCAGAUCGGUGCCGUCAAAGGGUGCAAGAUAAUACGCGAACCCGGCAACGACCCUUAUGCCUUCGUCGAGUUCACUAACCACCAGAGUGCCGCCACCGCGCUAGCAGCGAUGAACAAGCGGCACUUCCUCGAGAAGGAGAUGAAGGUUAACUGGGCCACAAGCCCGGGGAACCAGCCGAAGCUCGACACGAGUAACCACCAUCACAUAUUCGUCGGCGAUUUGUCGCCGGAGAUCGAAACCCAGACGCUGAAGGAGGCCUUCGCGCCCUUCGGCGAGAUCAGCAACUGCAGAAUCGUCCGGGACCCUCAGACCCUCAAGAGCAAAGGCUACGCAUUUGUGUCCUUUGUUAAAAAGUCAGAGGCUGAGGCCGCUAUCUCGGCGAUGAAUGGCCAGUGGCUCGGCUCCCGCAGCAUCAGGACAAACUGGUCGACCAGGAAGCCGCCGCCUCCGAGGUCUGAGCGGCCUAGGCACACCAACAACAGCAAACCCAAUUACGAGGAGGUUUACAACCAAAGCAGCCCGACCAACUGCACCGUUUACUGUGGAGGCUUCACGAACGGCAUUACAGACGAGCUCAUCACGAAGACCUUCUCGCCAUUUGGCACCAUUCAGGACAUCAGAGUCUUCAAGGACAAGGGGUAUGCGUUCAUCAAGUUUACCACCAAGGAGUCAGCCACGCACGCUAUCGAGUCCACUCAUAAUACAGAGAUCAACGGUAGCGUCGUCAAGUGCUUCUGGGGCAAGGAGAACGGCGAUCCCAAUAGCGUCGGGCCCAAUGCCAAUCAGCAGCCUCAGCAGGUGACAACUGGUGGAGGUCAAUAUCCGUACGGAUAUGGGCAGCAAAUGGGAUACUGGUAUACGCAGGGAUACCCGCAGAUGCAAGGACAGUUCCUGCAGCCGACUCAGUACUACAGUCAAUACUACGGCCAGCAGGCGCAGUACAUGAACAGCAUGAGGAUGCCGGCACCAGCGACCGGAGCGUGGCAACCUGGCCAGGGAUCAGCUGCAGCGCCGUCAGCGACCGCACCUCUGCAGCCAGGCCAGCAGCCAGCCAUGGUAGCCUACACCAUGCCUCAAUACCCGACCCAAUGAAACAGAGACGACCACCAACCAUACCCGAUUCAGAACGAAAUAGAAUUCAAAUGCGGGAAACGAGAGUCUUUUUGAGAGUCAGGGGGGAGGCGGAGGGGCCUCUAUCUCUUUCAGACACACUCUUGUAUUGUGUGUGUAAACGAGACGUUGAGAAGAUGAAAAAAAAAGAAAACGUACACUUCUUUUCUUUUUCUUUCUUUCUGUUUUGAAAAAUAGAAUUUGUAGUUCGUUCUUUGAUAAAAAAAAAACCAAAAUACAACAACAUGAUAGAACCGCUUAUUUAUAUUAAAAUCAACCUUUCCAAUUUUUAUGAUUUUUCUUGUUCUUCUGAUGCUUUUACUUUUUCUACUUCUCUUCUUCUUCUUCUGCGCAAUAAUGAUAAAGUAUAUGACACGUAAUGUAACAAAUAGUAUGAUGACGAAUUGAAACUGUAAUUUUCCGGCAUUAUAGUAGUAGUUGGUAGCGGUAGUAGUAGUCGUAUUGGUAGUAGUAGUGAUACUUGCAGUAGGAACACAACUUAUUCGUUACUUUCUCGUAUUUAUUUUAUUUUUUACUUUAUUUUCAAAACAAAAAAGAGGAUAAUUUUGUAUAAACUAUUAUUUUUAUUACUUUAUGAAAGCCGGAAGAGAAUCACAGAUCAUUUCAUUCUACCACAAAGAUCUUGAACAAACUUAAAUCUUCUCUCUCUCUCUCUCUCUCUCUCUCUCUAUCUCUCUCUCUCUCUAAUUCGCGUUCGUUCGAAAAUAUUCUCUUUUUUCUUCAUCUUCGACUCAAAUUUUAGUUAUAUAGUACAUAUAUAUUAUACAUGAAUGAAAAUGAAAACAGUAACAACAACAACAAUAACAACAGCAACAAACAAACAAACAAAAACAAAAGAAUGAAUGACUAAAUACAUAAAAGAAUAAAGGUUGAUUUUAUAAAUCCAAGUAGUGUGUAUCGCAGACUCUUAUGUAUCGAAUUUUCGUAAAACAAAAAGAAAAGAAAAAAGAAACGUGCGACUUCGUGUUUUUUGUUUUGUUUCUUUUUCUUCUUCUCACACUCUCUCUUUUUACUUAUACAUCAUUAAGAAUACAGGUGUAGUUUUGUUUUCGACAGCAAAAAUGACGACGAUGACAACAAUAAUGUGUCUUUCAGAAAAUAAACCUACAUGGUCUUGAGAACUCUGCACACAGCUGUGCGCAAUGCUGCCUAAUGUUAAGCGUAUGAAAGAAACAGAAACAGAUGAUAAUACUGCAUAAACAUCUCCAUGUUUUUGCAAGUGCCGAAACAAUUUUUCGUCAUUUCUUCAGUUGCUUCUUUAUCUGGCUACUUCUACCGUUGCAGUUUUAAUGUGAAAAACUUGUUCUUUUCUCAACUUCAAAAGCAGGGUUGCAUACUUACAAAAUGAUUAUAGAAUGUUAUAUUUUUUAUCUCAUUAAUUCUUCAAAGCAAAAAUACAGGACUAAAUAUCAGGAACACAGAGCGUCCGUAGAGUUCUUAUGAGUUUAGAUGGAAGUGAUAAAGGGAAAAGAUUAAAAAAAUAUUGUUACACAAAUAUACUGAUAUGAAAUGUGAGGAAAAUAUCGUCUUUUCACACUGUACUAUAAUACCCCUGAUUAUCGGUACUUCUAAUGAAAUACCUUUUGAUUUCUAGUAAUAGUUUUUUCUUUGAGAAACACGUACGCGAUAGAUAUUUCUUUGAUUUCGUUGGAAUCGUUAUUAUUAUUGUUAUUAGUGGUUUAACCAUUGUAGCAAUCUUCCUCAAGCAUCGAAGAAUGUUGCAAUGUCCAGAUGCUUGUUAUCUGUAUCAAAAAAGAAACCAUAAAUAAUGAUACUAAUAGUAACAAUGACGACACCGUAACCGGGACAGCAAUUGUUCAUACGCAAGAGGUGGAAAAGUCGAAAUAGAUAGAAAUAAUCCCCCCUCUUCUGAAAAGCUAAAAACGAAAGCAGAACAAAAAUAUAUGAUAAAUAAUUGGAUAAACUACACGAAGCAAGAAGAAAACUAAUACCAGGUCGACAACAACGCCAGUCGCUGACUUUGUCUGUCACGUUAAGGCAGAAUAACUUGAAAAAAGGGACAAAUGACGAGAUGAUAAACCGAAUGCCAGAGAUAGAGAGAAAGAAAGAAAGAAAGAAAGUGAGAGAGAAAGAAGUGAAUUUGGAGUGACGACGAUAUGAUAAAUGGUAGUAUAGGAUAAUAAUGAUACGAAAUAAUGAAUUGACAGGCGAAGAGACGAGGACGAUGUGGGCGAAAAAAGCAAAUGAUGUUAUAUAAGAGGAAAGAUUUGCAAAAAAAAAAAGAGUUAAUAAAUGAAUAAAAACGGAAAUAAACAAAGCAAAGAAAAAGUAAUUUAGAUACGACGAGGCUCCAACAUCCUCCACAUACAAUGCUUAGGAUAAUGUUAUCUUAUAAUAUAAAAAAAUACACAAAAUAAAAAAAAUAACAAAUUAAAUAAACAACAAAUUGUCCUUUGAAAGUGAGAGAAAAAAGGAAUAAAUAUUUAAAAUAUAAAUUUCAACAGCUCCUCUCUUGUCUGUGUCCUUUUCAUCAUUGAUAUAGAGUAAAAAUAAAUGUAAAGCCAGAAUUACUCGAAGACUGUUACGAAUAUUUUAUGUCGUUUCGUGUAAUACUAGCUUUACUAUAAUCUAUC